AUGGAUCGUUACCCUCCAGAACGUAGUUGGGUAUAUGAUAGGCAUUAUCCUCAUAGGGGGGGUUUGAAACUAACCUUUGUAAACGGGGUUGAUGAGUUCAUUAAAAAGGCUAAAAUGCAACUUAAUGUUGAACGCGAUGGUGGAAUUAGAUGUCCUUGUAACAAGUGCAUGUGUGUGCCGGUAUUGUCCGAAGGUGACGUUAGAUUUCACUUGUAUAAAUAUGGAUUCCAACCAAAUUAUUGGUAUUGGACAGAUCACGGUGAAAAAGCCCCACGUAUUGACUCAACAAAUGUACCAAUUAGUAGUAGACAUGUGGAUAAUGAAGACCAUUUUGAAUUAAUGCAACAUAUGGUCGAGGAUGCAAUAGGGUCUGAUUAUGAUUUUCGAAGUAUGGGCAACAAAGGUGAUAAGGAUGUCGAUAACGAAUAUAAUGUUAACGAGGAUGUGGGAAAUGAGAACGAGGUUGGUGAGGAAAGGGGGAUUAAUGAAGAUAAUGUCGAUGAAUAUGAGGUUGAUAGAGAACAUGUUAAUAAGGAAGACAAUCAUGAAGAGCCACCAAAUAAGGAAGCUCAAGAAUUUUAUGAUCUGCUAACUUCUGCAAACCAACCAUUAUAUGAGGGUGCUUCUGAAUCGAAACUUUCAGUAUGUCUGAAGCUUAUGGCUUGCAAAACAAAUUGGAAUGUACCUCAAAAAUGUAUUGAUUUCUUUGCAAACAUGCUUCUAGAAGUGUGCCCUUCAAAGGAUUCAUUGCCAAAAAAUUUCUACCAAGUAAAAAAGUUGGUGUCCAUGCUUGGUUUGAAGUCUCAAAAAAUUGAUUGUUGUGUGAAUGGGUGCAUGUUGUACUACAAAGAUACGAUUGCAGAUCGAGAGUGUAGGUUUUGCCAUGAACCACGAUAUGCUCCUCGUAAGCCUGGGAUGGGUAAUUACAAUGACGUUCCGGUUAAGAGAAUGCACUACUUUCCAAUCACUCCAAGGUUAAAAAGAUUGUAUGCCUCAAGGGAAAUGGUGUGA